AUGCUUAAAGACUUAAUUGUCCAGUUGACAGAUGAUUCUGAUCCUUUUUUCCUUUAUAACCUUGUUAUAUCUGAGGAAGAUUUUCAAAGUUUAAAAUGCCAGCAGGGUCUUUUGGUAGAUUUCUCUGCUUUUCCGCAAAGAUUUAUAGAUCUACUUCUACAGUGCAUUCAGGAACAAAACAAAGAUACCCCAAGGUUUUUGCUCCAAUUAGUUUCUUCAGCAUCUGUUUUAGAUCACACACCUGCUUUUUUAAAUGUAGUGGAGACAAACCCAUUUAAACAUCUUACACAUCUCUCGCUAAAAUUCCUGCCAGGAAAUGAUGCAGAAAUAAAGAAGUUUUUAGCAAUCUGUUUGAAAUGUAUUAAGGAAGAAAAGUCAUUACUGGAACAAAAGCUUAAAAAAACUGAAGAUGACCUUACCAGACAACUGAGUUGCACACAGCAGAGCUUGUCAGAAAAGAGCCGGGAAUUAGAUAAGCUGAGAAGUGAAUGGACGUCACAAACAACAACACUAACAAAUAAGCACCGUCAGGAAUUGACAAAUGAGAAGGAAAAAGCUCUCCAGUUGCAGACUCAGUACCAACAACAACAUGAACAGCAAAAAAAGGAAAUGGAAAGCAUGCAUCAGAGAAGUAUCCAACAGCUACAAACUCGACUCUCAGAACUAGAGAUUGCCAACAAGGACCUAACAGAGAGACGAUACAAAGGAGACUCUACAAUUAGAGAACUUAAAGCAAAACUUUCUGGAAUAGAAGAUGAGUGCCAGAGAGCAAAGCAAGAAGUAUUGUCACUGCGUCGGGAGAAUUCUACCCUGGAUGCUGAAUGCCAUGAAAAAGAGAAACACAUUAAUCAACUACAAACACGAGUUGCUGUUUUGGAACAAGAGAUAAAAGAUAAGGACCAGCUAAUUGUUAGGACAAAAGAAGUAUUAGAUGCAACACAAGAAAAAAAGGUGAUCCUGGAAGAAAAUACAGAGAAGAAACAAGUUCAUGUAGGAAAGCUUGAAGCAACAAUAAAGUCAUUAUCGGCUGAACUUCUUAAGGCUAAUGAAAUUAUCAAGAAGUUACAAGGAGAUUUGAAAACGCUCAUGAGUAAACUGAAAUUUAAAAAUACAGUAACAAUUCAGCAAGAAAAACUCUUGGCUGAAAAAGAAGAGAAACUACAGAAAGAGCUGAGGGAACUACAGGAGACUGUACAGUCUCUGCGAGUAAAAGAGCAAGAGGUAUGCAAGUUGCAAGAACAGUUAGAAACUACAGUACAAAAACUGGAAGAAAGCAAACAACUUCUAAAAACGAAUGAAAAUGUAAUCACAUGGCUAAAUAAGCAACUGAAUGAAAUUCAGAUGGCAAGAAAGCAAGAGACUUUGGGAACGUCUACCAUUCCACCUAUACAUUCAAUCAGUGGCAGUAUUAGAACUGGCCCAUUACCUCAGAAUACGCUUGACAACAGAUUCCCCUUUUCUAGCUCAGGAAUCAGUUACCCCAUCUCUCCAGUAUGUGCUUUCCAAAGCUUUCCAGAAACAGCACCUGUGAAAAAUACCAACCACCAGGUUUCGGGACCAAAGGUUCAAUUUAAUGUGCAGCUUUCAAAAACUAAUAGACAUUCAGACAUUCAGCCAGGAUUGUCUACUGCAACUAGUCCUUCAACAAAUAAAGAAAAUGGUGAGAAUUUGGGAUUGGAAUUGAAGUAUUUAAAGAAACGAGAAGACAGCAUUCCUUUACGAGGUCUCAGCCAAAAUACAUUUAACAACUCAGAGUAUCCGAAAUCCUCCACGUCAACGAAAACAUUAACUUCAUCAAAACCCGGAGUACCAUCUGCAGCCUCUGCUUACUUCCCUGGAUUACAAACAACAUAAUCAUUAGACGAAAUCUCUUUUUUAACUAAUUAUCAAGGAUUUUGGAAGACUCUUAAUUAGAUUCUAAAGACCCUUAUCACACUUUGACAUUUUAAAGUCAAAAUGUUAUAGUAAUCUGGUAAAAUGUUAACUUUAGCACACGUUUGACUAAUCUUUGGCUUUUGUGAAGAAAAGCAAAUUGAUUUAAAUAGAUUUCAGGAUACAGUUCCAGUCAGAAAAAUAAAAUAACUAAUUUAGUUACAUGAAAAUAUUAUGCUACAAAAUGAUUGUUUAGAAAUGCUCAUUUCUAAACAGAGGCAAAGCGUUUAAAAAGGUUUAUAAAUGGUUAUUGAGCAAUAAAACCUGCAGAGAGGAGUUUGUGUAAAAAAUCUAUUAAUCAUUCUCCUUCCCAAAAAUCCUCAAACUAAUGAUGUUGCUAAUGGUUCCAUCAUUAUGCUGAAACUGAGUUGUGCUUGGGGCUUCUCCUUGAAAAUAUCUUGUCACUUCAGGACAUCAGUAAUGGAAAAUGCCUAACACCCUCAGUAAUGGGAGUUGUAGGACCUAGGAAACUGCCCAGCUUCUUUUCCCCAAGUAAUUCCUUCAUCUGUUUGAAUCUGAUUUUGGCUUCCAUACUGAAAGAGACAUGUUUGCAUAGCAUUUUGAAUUAAAUUACUCCUAAUAUUACACUAGUAUCCUAGCACAAGUCAGACCCCAGGCCAGCUAAUACCAGGGGAUGCAUGGUAUUUUCCUUGUACAGGAUUUUGGUCAUAUGGAUUUUCAUUGUUUGCAGAUCCACUAGCCUCACUCCACAUAUGGCAAAAUAUACAUGCUGUUGUCAUCUCUGGAGACAUUUCUGUAACAUUCACAGGAUGGGCAGUGUCUUUCACUGGCUUGUCUAUUGAGUUGACCUACCACCUGUGAAACUCUGUUUCCUGUCAGCGUGUGCCUAUACUGCAAUCACAGCGUGAUUUGUAGUCCAAGUAGAAAUACCUGAUCUAGCAAUAAUGUGGCUAGCUCAAAAAACAAGAGCACUGAAACUAUUUCAUUGUGGACUAGCUUCUCAAGUAAUUACUCAGGAUUCUGGGCAGGCUUGUCCUGAAGCACCUGAUGCUGCAGCUUCACUGCUCUGGUACCCCAACUGGCUAAAGCUAAUUUGAGUAAGUGUACUUGAGCUGUAAUUGAAUACAUGUCUGUAUGGAAUUGCGAGAAUUAAAGGAUCUCUGAAGAGUGAGCAUUUAGCCUAAGUUCUAAGCCACAAGCCAAAUUCUUAAACUUGUGAAGUAUAUUACAUUUUGUAAAUUUAAGAACUUAAGAGCCACUCAUGUUUCUAAUAUACACACCCUAGCUAAGUUUGCAGGACACUUAUUUAAUGUAGAUUUAGUGUGUUUUCUCUUUAGCUUGGAAAUUGGUUUCUUAACUACUUUUUUACAUAUGUGACUAUAUUUGAGUGCAGAUUUAUAUUUUUGGAGCACUAGUCAAACAUUUAAUUAGCUGUUUAAAAGGAGAUCCUAAAUGUUUCAGUGAAAACACAAAAUUGAGUUAGACUAAAAAUUUCACAUCUUGUCACAGCCCUUGGUUUUUUGUCUCUCCAUAGCAAUGAUUCCAUGUACAAUAGUCUAGUAAUUGUAAAAAGCAUUAGAGUAGUUAGAAAUUUUAUUUUAGUACUGUUUAUCAAAAAUGCCUUAUGUUGAUGAGGGGUUGUGCAGAACAUAUCAAGUAAAUUCAACUGUACUUAGGUUUGGGUACACUUUAAUAUUUGGGUUCACUGGUAGAAUCAUGCGACAGUCUGUCUGUUCUUCCACUGUGUCCCAAUGAGGAGAGGAAACCAGUUACCUAGACUUGAUCAGCAAAUAUUUUUCUGCUGAUUAUAGGCACCAUACUCUAAUUUCAAACUAGAUACAAUUUAAAAUGACUAUAUAAUUGAACAAUUUCCAAGAAUGACUCAAUUUAUGUGCUCCUAGCUCUCAAUUGUGUAUCAAUCUAGUCUUUCCCUUACAUAGGCAUGUCUGUGUGGCUAAUCACUGUAAUCUUGGUACAUUACUGUCAACAUAAGUGUUUAUUGAAUGUUGUGGAGUGUAAUAUUUGUAUAUUUGUUUAUAGUGUGUGUGUGUGUGUGUAUAUAUAAUUUUACAUCGUGUA